GUUGAGGUUCAUUGUGUGCGCAUGCGCAGAUCUUUCAAGCGCGACAUCAAGACCAUCAUGGCUGACGUAACAGCGAUGGACGGCGAUAAACUCAGCAAAAAAUUGCUCUUCUGACUGGCGGCUCAGCAUGCUGUGCCUGGUCAGGGCAGCCAGGCAGCAGCUGUGCCAGGCCUAUGAGGUCAGGGGACGGUGGGUUAAACAUGCACUUCCAUGCAUGUCCGCGGUGCCAGUCCAAAUUUACGGGAAUCGUUGGAGAGGUGACAAAAGUGAGCUGAAGAGGAGACUCAAAGCGGAAAAGAAGGCUGUGGAGAAAGAAGCUAAGGUCAAAGAACAGCUUCAACAAACCAAGGAAUCCAAUAACUGUGUGGCAUCAGACAUCACUGCUUUGGAUGAAGAGACGCUCGACCCGAAUCAAUACUACAAGAUUCGCACCCAGGCCAUUCAGGAGCUUAAGGGCACUGCUGAGGACCCGUAUCCACACAAGUUCCAUGUUGACUUGUCGCUCACGGAGUUCAUUGAGAAGUACAAUCAUCUACAGCCAGGGGACCAUCUGACAGAUGUUGUUCUCAAUUUGUCUGGCCGCAUCCAUGCCAAGAGGGCAUCUGGUGCCAAGCUGCUUUUUUAUGACAUGCGAGGCGAAGGUACCAAAUUGCAAGUUAUGGCAAACUCAAGGAACUACAAGUCUGAGGAAGACUUUGUGGUCAUCAACAACAAGCUCAGACGUGGCGACAUCAUCGGUGUCCGUGGAAACCCCGGGAAGACUAAAAAGGGGGAGCUGUCCAUUAUCCCCAUCGAAAUGACUCUGCUUUCACCUUGUCUCCACAUGCUGCCUCACCUCCACUUUGGGCUAAAAGACAAGGAAACACGAUUCCGUCAGCGCUACUUGGAUCUCAUCCUAAAUGACUAUGUGAGGCAGAAGUUUAUUACGCGAGCCAAAAUUAUAACAUACUUGCGCAGCUUCCUGGACCAACUUGGAUUUUUAGAGAUUGAGACCCCAAUGAUGAACAUCAUUCCUGGUGGAGCUGUGGCCCGUCCUUUUGUGACUCACCACAAUGAGCUGGAUAUGAACCUGUACAUGAGGAUUGCACCUGAGCUCUAUCACAAGAUGCUUGUUGUUGGUGGGAUAGAUCGAGUGUAUGAGGUCGGCCGCCAGUUCAGGAAUGAGGGAAUCGAUCUCACGCACAACCCAGAGUUCACCACCUGUGAGUUCUACAUGGCAUAUGCUGACUACCACGACUUGAUGGAGAUAACAGAGAAACUUCUAUCUGGGAUGGUGAAGCACAUCACUGGAGGGUACAAGGUGACCUACCACCCCGACGGUCCAGAAGGACAAGCUCAUGAGAUUGACUUCACACCUCCAUUCAGAAGAGUCAGCAUGACACACGACCUCGAGAAGCUGAUGGGAGUCAAAUUUCCUCCCACUGACAGUUACGACAGUGAUGAGACUCGUAAAUUUUUUGAUGAACUGUGCACCCAGAAGGGAGUUGAAUGUCCUCCUCCUAGAACCACCGCCCGCCUUUUGGACAAGCUUGUGGGAGAUUUCCUGGAGGUCACCUGCAUCAACCCCACAUUCAUCUGCGAUCAUCCUCAAAUCAUGAGCCCCUUAGCAAAAUGGCAUCGGUCAGAGAAAGGCCUCACGGAGCGCUUUGAGCUCUUUGUGAUGAAGAAAGAAAUCUGCAACGCUUACACGGAGUUGAAUGACCCCAUUCGACAGAGGGAGCUUUUUGAGCAGCAAGCCAAGGCCAAGGCCGAGGGUGACGACGAGGCGAUGUUCAUUGACGAGACCUUCUGUACUGCGCUGGAAUAUGGGCUCCCGCCAACAGCCGGUUGGGGAAUGGGUAUCGAUCGCCUCACCAUGUUUCUCACCGACUCCAAUAACAUCAAGGAGGUGUUGCUUUUCCCAGCCAUGAAGCCUGAUGACAACAAAACAAGCGUUCCUCCAGAGGGCACCUCAGUGUAACAAAUUGACCCCUCAGCCUGUUCUCCCAAUGUGAUGCUCUUUGGCAGAAAAUGGAUGUCACUGUGGUCAUUGGCGGAGUUUGUCGGUUUUGUUUUUAAUAGUAUCAAAGUCUUGGUUCCUCAAUUACUGAUACGAGGCUAAAGGUUAAAUCAUAAGAAAUACUUUUUCAUUUUGAUAUUUUCUACACUCUCUGUGAUCACAUCUGUUGUCUACUUGUUUGUCAACAAGUAUACAUAAAUUAGUGGAUCAGUGGCUCAUCUUUGAUCACCCAUUUGCCAACCAAGAUAUCAUGUUUCAGAAUAUUUUUCAGGAUUCUAUAAAACAGACAGUUGUUGCUCAAGUGUCGUUUCGGUAUCUGUAGUUGAUACACAUCCAAGCUCUCCUGUCGCACCUGUAAAAAUAUUUGGCUUCUUCAACAAUACUGCCAACUCUUUUAUGCUGAUUUUGUUUCAUUGAAAAAUUCCAAAAGUCAGUCCCCUAUUGCAUCUGAAUAAAGUGCAUAUGAAUCUCUAUGAAUUUUCUGUGCUUGUUGUGGCAAUGCGAUAAAAUGUAUCCUUCAUAUUUUAUUGCUUUUUUUUCUCCUCUCGCCUUUUAUGCUCCACUUAUUAGAUGCCUAUCUCCUGCCUCUAAUUUCAUCCAAAUAACACUGUUGCAACUUUACAUUUUCCAAGAAGUCACGAGACGCAGGCCUCUACUUUCAUUGUUUCAAAAAAAAAAAAAAAAUCACAGUUCCCUCCAAAAUUUUAUUUCUCACCCCGAAAGAUCCUAAUUAAUUUCCAGUCGCACAUUCAACAUUCCAAUUCAUUUUUAUGCAUUUCAUAAAAUUCCCAUGUCAACAUAUUACAAAAUAUUUAAUCCUAUUGUCACAGAUACUUUUCACAUACUGAACAGGGUCACUCAAAAAACCCAAGCCCCUUAAUUCGGAUAGGUGUCAUUUC